AUGCUGCUGUCACAACACAUGAUUUUAUUGAUUAGCUUGUGGCUAUUGUUCAAUAUUGUUCCACUUGGAUCUCAUGCCACGAUCAUCAACAAUAAUAACAUCAACAACAACGACUUUCACACUAACAUCAUCAACAAAUUAAUUCCCAACCCUAUUUCCAUCCCAUUCCACCAUAAUUAUAACCAAAGAACAACUCCUCCAUUUAGACCUGUGCAUCAAAGGUCCUUCACUGAAUCUUUUCAAAACAAUGAAUAUUCAUUUACGUUCUAUGUGGACACUUUCAAUCCAAUCCAUGAACAACAACAUUGUGGAAGCUCUCCUUCACAAGCAUGUCCUUCAUUGUUAAAAGCAUUUCAACAAUUGAAUGAUCAAUUGGAGUUACGAAAUAUUUCCAUGAGCAUUCCCUCCAAUCUCACUUCCAACAUCUCUGUUCAAUUUUAUAUCAUGAAUGAUGAAUUUAAUUUUUGUUUUGCAGAUUUCAUGACACCUCCUCGACACACCAUUGAAUAUUCAUUCAAAUUUGUGGGCGUGCCCAAUAAUGUGACUGGAAUGUAUCCUCAAGUUCAAUGUUCAAAGGAUCUUCCCUUCAAUCGAAGUGAUAUUUCACUUUUGGAUUUUUCUUUUUUGAAUGCACAAACCUUGUACAUUUUUUCAUGCACACCCAUUGAGAUGCGUUUCACGAAUUGCAAUAUUGUCAAUAGUGUCUUUCUUCUUGCUCAAUUCGUUGAAAGUAUUCAACAAGUGUAUCGAGAUGUGUGUGGAAGUGCCUCAGCUGAUUCGCAAAUGUCCACAAUGGAUUCUUUCAAAUCUUGGACCUUUUCACAUUCUUUAACUUUUCAAAAUGUAACCAUUGAAAAUACUCUAGUCAUGUGUUCGUUCAUGAAAACGAUUACGUUAUCCAACGUCAUUCAAAAACAACUCAUGACCACGUUUAGUUUUGAAAAUUCUGAAAAGGUUGAAAUGAUCGAUUAUGUCAUCCACGAUGGAUUAUUUUGUAAGAUUACCAAUGUUGAAAGUGUUCGUAUCGAUCGAAUGAUCUAUGUAGCACAACGAUUUACCUUCUACAUGAGAGGUGUCAUUCAAUUAUUCGUUUCCAAUUCACAGUUUUUAUCAUACAUCAUGCUCGAUGCUGGUUUAUUUUCAUUAGAGAGAUUGGAUCAUGUUCAAAUUAAGAAUUGUAGAGUCAAUGGAUUGCAGUACACGUGGUUGCAUUGUCGAGAUGUCACUUCACUCGAAUUGGAGAAUUUACAAGUUACUAAUAAUAGAGUUCAAAGUACAGUUUCCAGCACUUUAAAUAUUAUUACUAUAGAAGAUUUAAUAUCUUUUAGUUUGAAACAUUCUUAUUUUGACUCGAAUUAUGGUUUACAUGGAAAUGAUCUACUCAUUCACUCUCAUGCCAAUAUUCAUAUUUAUAAUAAUACUUUCAGAAAUGGUUGGUCCUUCACACGAGGAGGAUCAUGCUCUCUUGGAAUGUCAAAAUCUCAAUAUGUGUUUGGAGGGUCCAUGACAAACAUUACUGGAAAUAUGUUUGAAAAUAACUAUUGUCAUGACGUGGGAGGAGCAAUUUUCAUGACAGCUGCCUAUGUGUUAAUUUUGGAGCACAACACAUUCAUAAAUAAUACAGCAAGAAUACGAGGAGGUGCUGUGGCUAUUGAUGGAUUAAUUCGAGCAGAUUUGAGUUUGACAGGUUCACGUUUUGACAAUAAUCGAGUGCUCACAAAUUCGUUGAUUCAAACCAACACGAUGGGAAUUAUGGGAAGUGGAGGAGCUAUAUAUUUAUCUUCUCCAAAAUGUACAUCUUUAAAAGCUUACUUUUCGAAUAAUAGUGCAUUGAGAGGUGGAGCCAUAUUUAUCCAUCAACAACCGAACAUGCCAGAUGUCAUUCAUCCAUGUCUGAUUCGUGAGAGUAUUUUUGAAAACAAUCAAGCGUUGAAUGCAGGUGGUGCACUCUAUUUUUCAAAUAUUAAGAACGUUAAUGAUUUGAUCGAGACUAAGAGUGUCAAAUUUAUCAAUAAUCAUGCGAAAAUAUUUGGUAAUGAUAUGGCCUCCACGAUUCAACAAUUUACAGUUACAGAACUUUUACCAAAAACAGUUUAUCCAGGACAAAAUAUUUCCAUUUCUGUCCAUGCAACAGAUAUAUUCCAUAGAUGGACUCCUCUUGAAACUCAACUAUUUUCACUUCAAUUAAUCAAUUCCAAUCAAUUUUUAUUAGACUUCUCCUUAAAUGGAUCGAUCAUCACUCUCAACUUGAAACAAGUAUCGACAGAAAAUUUUUCAACUUCACAAAAUAUUUCCAUUUUACCUGAAAACAUUCUAUUACCAACAUGGAUUUCUGUCCAUGUCAUACCGUGUCCACAAGGAAUGAUUGCUUCAGAGAGAGGUUUUCAAGGACAAAACUGUUUACAUUUGUGUGAAAAAUGA